CGGCAGCGCGGUCAGCGGCGGCGCUGAAGAGACCGGUUGCCGCCAUGAUAGAACAGCAGAAGCGUAAGGGCCCAGAGUUGCCGCUGGUUCCAGUCAAGCGGCAGCGGCAUGAGUUGCUGUUGGGAGCGGGGUCGGGCCCCGGAGCCGGGCAGCAGCAGGCGACGCCGGGAGCUUUGCUGCAAGCGGGACCUCCAAGGUGUUCCUCCCUUCAAGCCCCAAUCAUGCUGCUCUCUGGACAUGAAGGGGAAGUAUACUGCUGCAAGUUCCACCCCAACGGAUCCACCUUAGCAUCUGCAGGAUUUGACCGACUGAUAUUACUGUGGAAUGUCUAUGGUGACUGUGAUAACUAUGCCACACUGAAGGGACACAGUGGAGCAGUGAUGGAACUGCAUUACAACACAGAUGGCAGUAUGCUCUUCUCAGCAUCCACAGAUAAAACUGUGGCUGUGUGGGAUAGCGAAACAGGUGAGAGGGUUAAAAGGCUAAAGGGACAUACUUCGUUUGUGAAUUCCUGUUAUCCAGCCAGGAGAGGCCCUCAGCUUGUUUGCACUGGCAGUGACGAUGGCACAGUUAAGCUUUGGGACAUCCGGAAGAAAGCAGCCAUCCAGACAUUUCAGAACACGUACCAGGUGUUAGCUGUGACCUUCAAUGACACAAGUGAUCAGAUUAUUUCUGGUGGAAUAGACAAUGAUAUCAAGGUCUGGGACCUGCGCCAGAACAAGCUAACCUACACCAUGAGAGGCCAUGCAGAUUCAGUGACUGGCCUGAGUUUAAGUUCUGAAGGCUCUUAUCUUUUGUCCAAUGCAAUGGACAAUACAGUUCGUGUCUGGGAUGUCCGGCCAUUCGCCCCCAAAGAGAGGUGUGUAAAGAUAUUUCAAGGAAAUGUGCACAACUUUGAAAAGAACCUCCUGAGAUGUUCUUGGUCACCUGAUGGAAGCAAAAUAGCAGCUGGCUCAGCCGACAGGUUUGUGUAUGUGUGGGAUACCACAAGCAGGAGAAUAUUGUAUAAGCUGCCCGGCCAUGCUGGCUCCAUCAAUGAAGUUGCUUUCCACCCUGACGAGCCCAUCAGUUGGAGCAAUGGUGCAAUCUCGGCUCACUGCAACCUCUGCCUCCUGAGUUCAAGCAAUUCUCCUGCCUCAGCCUCCCAAGUAGCUGGGAUUACAGGCACCCACCACCAUGCCCAGCUAAUUUUUUUUUAUUUAUUUUAUUAUUUUUUUUUUUUUGUAUUUUUAGUAGAGAUAGGGUUUCACCACGUUGGUCAGGCUGGUCAUGAACUCCUGACCUCCAGUAAUCCACCCGUCUCAGCCUCCCAAAGUGCUGGGAUUACAGGUGUGAGCCACUGUGCCCAGCUGCAAACAGUCUUUAUGUGGGUAUCAAUGACAGUCUCACCAUUGCUCAUAAGUGGUGAGACUAAGAGCAGUGCUCCAUUUUCUUCUUGAUCUCAAAGGGAAGUUGUUAUCUCAGCAUCAAGUGACAAGAGACUGUAUAUGGGAGAGAUUCAGUGAAGAUAUGGACUGGAAGACUCCAAGGCCGCUUGUCUUUGAGACCUCAGGCUGCAUAAGUGACACCAAAUGUUGGAUGUCC